AAAUCCAGCACUAACUUAAAUUGUAACCACUCGUCUUUCUCUACCAACUCGGUCAAAUAAUUAUACACCUCCUCCCAUUUUAUAUAUUCAUUCCCCUUUCUCUCUUCCACUUUCCAUCAUGGGUAGAUCUCCUUGUUGUGAGAAAGAACACACAAACAAAGGAGCUUGGACCAAAGAGGAAGAUGAACGCCUCAUCAACUACAUCAAGAUUCAUGGUGAAGGUUGUUGGAGAUCUCUUCCCAAAGCUGCUGGUUUAUUGAGAUGUGGAAAGAGUUGCAGAUUGAGAUGGAUAAAUUACCUGAGGCCUGAUCUAAAGAGAGGAAACUUCACUGAAGAAGAAGAUGAACUCAUCAUCAACCUUCAUAGCUUACUUGGAAACAAGUGGUCUUUAAUAGCUGCAAGGUUACCCGGAAGGACAGAUAACGAAAUAAAAAAUUAUUGGAACACUCACAUCAAAAGAAAACUCUACAGCCGGGGAAUUGAUCCUCAAACUCACCGGCCGCUUAAUGCGACCGGAAUCACAGCCACAGCCACAGUCGCAACCACAAACAAUAAGAAAAGCAAGGAAAAAAACGAUAGCAUUAUUUUAAGCACCAACAUUAUUAAUGACAACAAUAAUAACAAGUUUCAAUUGGUGAGUGAAUUGGUUUGUGAAGAUUCAUCAAAUAGUAGCAGUGGUGUUACCACCAUUGAAGAACAAACAUACCCUCUUCAUAAUCAUCAAAAUAGUAAUAAUAAUAAUCAUCAUCAUCGCCAACUCAACUUGGAUCUUUCCAUUGGUCUUCCCUCUCAACAAAAUAACCAAGCUUCUUCAAAUUCCAUGAACCAAGAAAACAACAAGAAGUUGAAGCAAGAACAAGAAGAAGCGCAUGGUGUUUUCUAUCAUCAUCAAUGGUAUGGCAAUAGUGAUAAUAAUAAUAAUAGUAAGAGUGUGUGCUUGUGUUAUGGUCUAGGGUUUCAAAGUAACAAUAACAAAGUGUGUAGCUGCAAAGGUGCCAUUGUUGGUGGUACGGCGGUUACUACAACCGCCGCAGAUAAUAGCUUGUAUAGAUUUUAUAGACCUAUGAAUAUAUAGUUUUAUUUAUUUAUUUAUU